CCCGCCCGCGGCUCCGUGCGUCUGCCCGCGGCUCCGGUGCCCCGCCGAGAUCCCCGCCCGGCCCCGGCCGUUUCCCCCCACGCCAUGGAGCGGACCCUGCGGCUGUGCCGGGCCGGGCUCCGGUUCUGCUCCAGCCGCGGGGCCGAGCAAGGAGCGCCCCGAGGCCGCGAUCCCCCCGCGUCCCUCCCGCAGAGCCCGGGGGCCGGGCAGGGGUCGCGCACCGGGCGGGAGCUGUGGCGGGCACAGCAGGACCCGCCCCGGGCCGGCAAGGGGAAGGGACCGGAGCGAAAGGCGCCGGCCCUGGAGAGAACCAAAGGCUCGGAGAUCCUGUUCGGGGUGGCCCCGUGCUGGCUGGCGCUGGCCCGGGCGCGCAGGGCGCUGUUCCGGCUGUUCCUGAAGGAGCAGCGCGGCGGCCCCGGGCGGCCCCUGAGGGCCGAGCUCGCCCUGCAGGCCGCGGCCCGCGGGGUGCCCGUGCUGCACGUCCCGGGCCGGGCGCUGGACACGCUGUGCCGGGGCCGGCCCCACCAGGGAGUGUGUCUGGAGGCGGCCCCGCUGCCCUUCAGGAGCCUGCGGGACGCUGAGGAGCCGCGGCCGGGCGAUGGAGAGAGCGGGGGCCGGCAGCUGCUGUGGCUGGUGCUGGAGCACAUCCAGGAUCCCAUGAACCUGGGGGCACUGCUGCGCUCCGCGUACUUCCUGGGGGUGGACAGAGUGGUGGCGACCCACAGCAACAGCUGCCCCUUGACUCCCACAGUGAGCAAAGCCAGCGCUGGAGCCAUGGAGGUCUUUGAUGUGUACAGCACAGAUGAUCUGCAGGGCUUUCUGAAGGCUAAGAGGGCAGAAGGCUGGGACGUGGUGGGAACAGCCAGCAGGCCUGAGGAUGUGGAAGGUGUUCCUGUCAUCAGCUGCUCGGAAUUCCGGUGGGACAAACCCCUUAUUGUAGUGAUAGGUACUGCCAUUUGCAGAGCUGGCUGGGGGAUGCUUCACUCCAGGGCUUCUUCCAGGUCUGGAAAAGAAAAUCUGAGAGGGAAUGAUGGAAUUGUGUGGCUGUGGAUGAAGCAGGGACUGGGAGGAACAGGGGGAGCUGAGGGGGCUCCCAGCAGGAACAGUUUGUGGGUGCAGAGUUCAGCAGCUGUGGAGGGUCUGGGGGCAGUUUUGGUGCCAGGGCAGUCAGAGGGUGGGGUUUGCUUUGUGUUCUGUGUUUUGAUCUGUGCUGGAGCCCCAGGUGUGGAUUUUCUGUGGUGGUGAGCCCCAAGCUGAGGGAGAGCCCUGGAGGUGUUUGCUCUUCCUGCACAGAGCUGCUCAGGGAGGGCUGUGCCACAUUUCCCCUUAAAAACCAGGAAUGUCUGGUCUGGGAAGAACCACCAGGGGCUGUUGCUGGGCAUGGUCUGGCUACAAAGCUGGGCUUUGCAGUCACCCCUGGGAGCAGUCAGGGCACACCUGGGAGAGGGCAGGAGGUGCUGGCUGUGGAGCAGGAGCAGAGGAAUCUCCUCCCUUUUGAAGCAGUGCCUGCCACUUCCCUGAACACUGCACUGGGCAAUUCCUGCAGGGAAUUCUGCCCUCUCUCUCACCUCUUGUAGGCACAGUUUGGACUUGUGCAGCCUCCCAGAAGGUGAAGGGAAGGGGAGUAGCAGCUCUGGCAGCUGGAGAAAGAAAUUCCCCCAGGAAUGCAGCUCCAGGCACCUGUGUGUGGCUGUGCCACGUCCCCCACUCCCUGUCACCUGGCACAGGAGCUGGCUGGAGCUUUCACACUUGGAAGUAGAGCCCUGCUGGCCACGAGCCAGGGAGGGGCUGUCAUCCUGCCCCGUGCUGGGGCUGGCUUGGCUCGGAGGAUAUUCCUUUAAUUAAAAUGUUUAUUGAACUCCUGCAAACACUGACAAGACAACGCUGCAAAUCUGGCAUCUCUGCAAGAUGUGUGGAGCUGUAUUCCAGGGGGAGCAGGGAGGCUGGCAGCUCUGCUGAUUGCCCACAAAGAAAUGCAUCCCACAAACGGCGACAGCAGCCGGGGAGAGGCAGGGGCUGGGAGCGGCAGCAGUGUCGUUACCUUGAGUUAUGAGAGAUUUCUCCAGGAAAAAGUCCAAAUAUCCUUUUGUCAGGGGAGAUUGGAGGCUGAUUGGUAGAUGCAUGAGGAGAGCUCCCGGACCUUGCAGCAGUAAUGAUUUCAACUCUCUGCUGAGCACUAACUCUUGGCUGAAAAGAAAAUUGAACAUUACGGGGCUGAUGCUGGGCUUGUUGGGAGGAACGUCCUGGAUGUGAAUAUGGAGCAUUCCUGCAGCUGCAGGGAGCAGCAGAGAUAAUUCAGCCUGGGAUUGAGCUCCCUGGCACCACACAGAUUGUCUUGUAAGUUAAGCAU